AUGUUGCCUUCCCAAGAAGCCUCCAAGAUCUACCAUGACAAUUACAUGCGCAACUCCAGCGCCAUCGGGGUGCUUUGGGCCAUCUUCACCAUCUGCUUCGCCAUAGUCAACGUGGUGGUGUUCAUGCAGCCCUACUGGAUCGGCGACAGCGUCAACACGCCGCAGGCCGGCUACUUCGGCCUCUUCCACUACUGCGUGGGCACCGGGCCGUCGCCCAGCCGGGAUCUCACCUGCGUGGGCAGCUUCUCCGACUUCAGCUCCAUCCCGUCCGGAGCCUUCAAGGUGGCCUCGGUGUUCGUGCUGCUGUCCAUGGUGCUGAUCCUCAGCUGCAUCGGCUGCAUGGCGCUCUUCUUCUUCUGCAACACCUCCACCGUUUACAAGACCUGCGCCUGGAUGCAGCUGCUGUGUGGAGUGUGCCUGGUGCUGGGUUGCAUGAUCUUCCCUGAUGGCUGGGAUGCCGAGGUGAUCCGGGACAUGUGCGGGGAGCAGACAGGGAAAUAUUCGUUGGGCGAUUGCUCUGUACGGUGGGCCUAUAUGCUGGCCAUCAUGGGCAUCCUGGACGCCCUCAUCCUCUCCUUCCUGGCCUUCGUCCUGGGCAACAGGCAGACAGACUUCUAUCUUGAUGAUCUGCAGACAGAUAACAAAGAUUUUGCUGUGUCAAGGAUUGAGGUCCGGGACAGAAGAGAGCCUCGGUACGGAGUGCAGCGGCUUCACUGA